GGAGGGAGCCACCGGGGGCGUUGCCAGACGGAGGCCGAGCGGCAGGCAGGCUUUCCGGGAAGAUGGCUCGCUCCAGAGGCUCCAGUGUGCUGCGCCACCUCUUGGCCCACCUCUCCCCUUCUCCCCCGAGGGCGCCCACCGCUCUCUACAGCACUGCAGUGACCUCAGCAAAAGUUGAAGUGAAUGGUGUCCACCUGCACUAUCAGCGGACAGGAGAUGGAAACCACGUUGUCCUCCUACUUCCUGGCAUGCUAGGAAGUGGCCAGACUGACUUUGGACCACAACUGAAGUCUAUGAACAAACAGCUCUUCACUCUAGUAGCUUGGGAUCCAAGGGGGUAUGGGAAAUCUAUCCCACCAGAUCGAGACUUUCCUCUAGAUUUUUUCGAAAGAGAUGCCAAAGAUGCUGUUGACCUGAUGCAGGCUCUGAAGUUUAAGAAAUUCUCUCUGCUGGGAUGGAGUGACGGCGGGAUAACUGCACUUAUUGCUGCUGCAAAAUAUCCAGAUCUUAUCCACAAAAUGGUGGUUUGGGGGGCCAAUUCCAGCAUUACAGAGGAGGAUGUGAACCUUUACAAUGGUAUCCGUGAUAUUUCAAAAUGGAGUGAAAGAGCAAGAAAGCCAAUGGAAGAAAUGUAUGGACGUGAAUACUUGAGCAAAACCUGUGCRGCUUGGGUGGACGGCAUCUGCCAGUUUAUACAUCAGCCAAAUGGUAGCAUCUGUCAAUCUGUAUUGCCUCACAUUAAGUGCCCAACGUUAAUACUACAUGGGGAGAAAGAUCCGUUGGUACCACGUGCUCACCCGGAGUAUCUUCACAAGCAUAUCAUAGGUUCACAGUUACAUUUUGUGCCUGAAGGAAAACAUAAUCUGCAUCUACGAUUUGCAGACGAAUUUAACAAAGCGGUGGAAAAGUUCCUUCUAUAAAGCUGCCAGGUUGCCAUAAGGAUUAAGAGGCUAGUUCUCAAGAGACUGCCUGGUGGAGAGUCUGAAACCCCAAAAUGCGCCUUCUAUAAAGCAUUGCUAUUAAAUGCUUACCAAACA